AUGAGCAGCCAGCUUUCAGCUAUUGAUCUUUUAAAACUUGGUGAUGAAGGAAGAAAAAAACCGUUUUUAAAUCAAUAUUGGUCUUAUAUAAUGGGAGUUGCGUUUGGCCUGGGCACGGGAGUUUUCAUGAAUUUUGGGACUCGUCGACCUGUUAUGAGUGGUAUUCAAAAGCAUAUUAUUGCAACUGUUGGCUGGUGUGGCUUACUUACAUACGUGCAAAAGUACAGGGAUGAUUAUUUAGCUGAAAAAGAUGCCGUUUUUAGACACUACAUUGAGUUGCACUCUGAAGAUUUUCCUGUACCAGAAAGAAAGAAGAUUGCAGAUAUCCUGGAACCCUGGGUGCCUAUCAGAUAA